AAAAAAAAAAACCCUCCUGCUUUGAAAUGAAAGAAGGCAGGAAGCGAACUGAAGCGUGAAAGCUUUGGUGGCUUCAGCUCCCACUAAUUAAAUUUUACAGAGGGAAAUAACUUUAAUUUUUUAAAAAUCAUUGAUCGUACCAUCUCCAUUUCAUUUUCUUCCGACUACAUUCACACCUCUUCCCCUAUAAUGCUCCGAAUAUCUGUUGUAAAUGGACUAUAUUCCGUUAUUUCAAUCUGCUAUUGGUUGAUAAAGAAAAAAAUAUAUGUGGUACCAGAAUUAUGGAAAUACCUAUAAAUAAUUGGCGACAAGCAACCUAGGAUGGUCUGUAUUAGGGGCCGGGACACAUUUCUUUUAAAAAUGAUGUGUAGACUCCAACAUGUAGGCUGGGGAAUUCUGGGAGUUGAACUCCAUACAACUUUAGUUGCCAAGUUUGAAACACAGUGAGACUAUACUUUUCACAAGUUGUGCAAAACUCCCAAAACCCUUGAACUUGAUUGUCAGGACAGUGUCAGGAACUCGGCUGUCAUCUCCAGUUUUUGUGCUCUUGCACUGCAGCAAUGCCAGAAGGCCCCUCUGUAAAGAAGUUCCAGCUUCUGUGUUCUCCCUACGUAGGGAAGAUGGUAUCCAAGGUGGGAGGAAGCACUAGACAGAUUAAUCCAGGUGAUUUGAAAACACUGACACUGUGGGAUAUCCAAGUCCAUGGGAAGAACUUAUUUUUGGCUUUUGGCACCAAAGAAAAAAUAAUGCCCAGCCAUGAUAGCGUAUCCUCAGAUUUGUCUGAACAAAAACUGGAAAUGCCUGGGAGCAGUUCCUUUCUCCAGGGCCAGAAAGAAAACGAAGUUGAAAUGUACAAUCCUGAAUGCUGUCAACAAGAAGAGUCAACAAGCCGGUUGGCAUCUGAUAUGGAUAUUAAUAAUGGGCAGAGUUGGAAAUGGCUCCGCUUCCACUUUGGUCUGUAUGGAAGCAUGCGAGCCAAUGAGUUUGCAAGGGCGAAUAAAGCAAACAAAAGAGGUGACUGGAGAGAUCCAAUUCCCAGGCUGGUUCUCCAUUUUGAUGCUGGGAGCUUUCUGGUAUUUUAUAAUUGCCGCAUUCAGCAAUGCUCUUCUCCUAGCACUGAUCCAGCAACUGAUAUUCUGAGCCUGGAGUUUGAUCGAGAGCGGGCUUUGGAGGUCCUUGCAAAAGAUACUCCUGUGUGCUACAUUCUCCUAAACCAAAGUUAUUUCUCAGGAAUAGGAAAUAUCAUUAAAAAUGAGAGCCUGUAUUUAGCAAGGAUCCAUCCACUGUCCCUUGGCUCCUCUUUGGAAUCCACAGAUCUCAAAUCUUUGCUUGAUCAUGUUGUCCAGUUCAGCCUGGCAUGGCUCCACAACAAGCUGGGAAGACAAAGAUUGCAGCUACAGAUUUACAUGAAAGAUAAAUGCCCCAAAGGGCAUGAGGUGAAGAAGGCAACAUUUGGACCACCAGAUGGAUUGAAAAGACUUACGUGGUGGUGUCCACAAUGCCAGCCUCGAGUGCCACCUGAAGAGAUGGAUAUGCCUCUUGAACAAGGCACCUGAUUUGUACUAUCUCUUUGGUUAUAUGAUUUCAAGAGAUGAUGUGGAAAUCAGAGAACAAGUUUCAACAAUAAGUUCAUGAACAAGAUUCAAAAGAGAACGUGCAAGCCCAGGUGUCCCUUGAAGGGAUUUAAGAUUUACAAUUUCAUACCAUGGGGAUUGAGCCAUCACUUUCCACAGUCCAAGUAGCCACUUAUGUAGUACCUGUAGAUUUGCGGUUAAUGAAAAUGAUUCAAGAUCUGCAAAUGCAGCAUGCAAGAUGAAGCUUGUUACCAAUGAUGAAAGCUAUUUGGAGGAAGGGGGAAUGGUUCCCGUCCACCUAUAAUGACAGGAAUGCUCUCUCUGUUUGGAGCAUGCUUGUCUUGGAUUUACAGUCAAACAUUUUUUUCAGAUUCUCAUUCCAAUAUUUUAUUAUAGGAGUGACUCAUAUCAAAAUAAUUCUUUAUAAUCACCACUGUAAUUACAUAAUAUUUUGAAUCAUAUUUAAUUUUCUGAGGUGUAGGAUUAAGGAUAAAAAUAUGCAAAUUAAUUUUGAUUUGUAAAUUAGGAAUUAAUUUAUGGUUGACCUGAAAUAUUGGUAAGCCUUUAAAACAAAGGCAUAGGAGUUGGCUGUGAGGAAUAAGAAGGUGCAACCAUAUUCUAGAAAUUGAAUGUGUUUUACGUUAAGAUUAAAAAACCCACAUAUUUGAAGUUACAAAUAGGACAGAGAUGAUAUUUUGAAAGUUCCACUUUCUCAGUUAAUUUAUAACUUGAUAUAGUUGGGAGAAGAGGCUUAGAAUUUUGUUUAUUUGAAAGCUCUCUUGUACAUUGAAGCUCCUCAAUUUCAUUAAAAUA